AAGUCGCGUGAACGCAGAGCAGCGUCCUUAAGGCUCGGCGUUUCAGCACCACAGAGUGGACAGUGGCCAUUCGAAAGCCGCCUGAAAGACAAAGGCGAAACAUCCAUCGAGCGUGCUCCCAGCUCAUAGGCAAGUGUGCACAAGACACUUCGUCCAGUUUUAACGUGUAAAAAAUGAUGGCAUGCACGGAGAUUAUCACUAUGUGCCUUCAGUCUGCCAAGCUGCAGCACCUGUAUUCCAAGCAAGAAGAACAGCUACUGCAGAGAAACCAGAUCCAAGGAAUUUCAAUUUUCCAGGACAUAUUUCGCCGUGCAGACAAAAAUGACGACGGGAAGCUCUCCUUCGACGAGUUCAAGAUGCAUUUCGCCGACGGCAUCCUCAGCAGCGAGCAGCUGGAGGAGCUGUUCCACUCCAUAGACAGGCACCAGACUGACAACAUGGACACAGAGAAAUUGUCAGAGUACUUCUCUGAGCACCUGGGGGAGUACCUGAAUGUCCUCUCAGCUUUGGAAAAGCUUAACUUCGCCAUCCUGAAGGCCAUGGGCAAGACUAAGGAGGAGUACCAGAGCUCCUCCGUGCUGGGUCAGUUCGUGACCCGUUUCCUCCUACGCGAAACCUCCAGCCAGCUGCACUCCCUUCAGUCAUCAAUAGAGUGCGCUAUGGAGGCAGUGGAGGAGCAGAGCUGCCCAGGCAGCAGGACCCACGCCCAGAAACCAGAGGAGCUGAGAACCGCUCUGAGAGGCAGCAGGAGGUGCAGCCGGCGAACCCCGAAGAACCUGUGCCUGUCCCCCACUGACCCCUACUCAGGCAUGCUCACUACAGGUGUCAGCAUCGAGCCGGACAAUCACUGGAACUCCCAGAUCAACAGGCUACAGCACCUCAUCAACAAACUGGAGUGUCAGGGUCCCAGGCUGGUGCCACUCAAAGAAGAUCCACUGGCCAGCACAUACAAAUCAAACAUCCUGCUGGUGCAGAGGCAGAUGAUGGUCAUUGAGAAGGACCUGAAAGAGUUCCAGCAGGCGCUGCAGAGCUACACCGAUGCCACCGUCAGCCAGACCGACAAUUUACACGUCUCCAUUCAGAAGCUUCCGGAAAAGUCCUGCUUCAUAAUGUACGAGUUCUGGCAGGAUCGCAUCUCCUGGAUAAGCUAUCUGCAGUCCAGCGCCAGCAAGACCUUUCAGCGCUGCUCCAUCGACGUGCUGGAGUCCCCGGAGAUUGUGUCCACCAUGCUGCUCCCAGCCUCCUGGUGGAUUAUGAACAGCAACUGACGGCGAUAAUCCUGGUGAUUCGCGCCGUGGCCCCCAGAGGACCGGAUUAAGCAGGAGUUUGCGCCAGCUUCACAUCUUUCCUGAGCUCCUUAAAGAAGAAGAGGGGAAAAGAGCAAAUGAUCUCAUACAGAAGUAUCUCAUGCAGAAUCUCAUACAGAAGUACAGAAGCAUUCGGGCCUACCAGGACGUUACCCAUAAUUAUGUGUUAAGAUGAAAAUGCAGAGUGCCAAUCAUUUUUUUGAACAUGCACACAUAUGCACAUGAAAAAACUCAAUACUUGGGGGUCAGAUCAAACAAAUAACAACAUCAAAAAAGUAAAUAAAUACAAAUACACAGUAUUAAUACCAGGUAAAUGCAGUUUUUGUUUUUGGCAUGCUAUUUCAAUGGGAUAUGUGGCUAAAAUGGGUCAGUAGUCUAGUUCCCGGUGGAACUAUCAUGUUAUUCCGCAUUGAGUCAUACCGUUGAUAACUUUUCCAAGCAUGAUUGAAUUAAUAAUAUUGACUACUUUUGGGGUGAAAUGACCUUAAUUAUUUUUUCAGCACUUCAGUUUUGUCUAGUUUGAAAUUUAUUGAUGAAUACCUAUACAGGCUGUGCUGUUGAAAACCCUAUUGCAAACCCUGUUUGCAUGAAUUUCUCUGAUUUGCAAGUGUUUGUGUUUGAGCUAAAUGGCAUUGUUUAUUACUUAUUAGAUGCAUCAUGAAAAAUUGUCAGUUUUGCUUGAAAAUCCCGUUGUGUUUUGUAAAUGCUUUUGUGCUCUGUACGUUACAGAUGAGAUUACCUGUAAGGUGAAUAAAGGAUAUUGGCUAUGUACAA